CAUUAGUUACUACACGGUUCCACACCUUAUUGUAAAAGUUGUAGUUAUUUCAGAGCAUUAUGGAUCAUUUUUACAUUAUUGUGCUAAUUCUUGCUCUCCAUUUCCUCCCUGCCUUUGGUAUCUUCAGAUUUGUAAGAAUGGGGAACUUUACGUCCUCCGGUCCUGGCAGUCUCUCCAGCCCAGCGUGUGCACAGUUUGUUCAGGAUAUGGUGUCACAGAACUGUGUUGUGAUAUUUUCCAAGACCAGCUGUCCAUAUUGUAAAAUGGCUAAAAAUGUGUUCAGUGAAAUUGGUGCCGCCUACAAGGUUAUCGAACUGGACCAGCACGACGAUGGGAAGAAACUUCAAGAAACUUUGGGUCAAAUAACCGGUGCCAGAACAGUGCCUCAAGUCUUUGUUAAUGGGAACUGCAUCGGUGGCGGCUCUGACACCAAACAGCUCCAUCAGCAGGGGAAGUUGUUGCCGCUCCUGCAGCAGUGCUCCUGCUGUGCUGCUUCUGGCUCCCAGGGCUCCGGCAGCGGACAGUUUGAAUCCUCCAAAUGACUAACUGUUCUCGUAGUGCUUUUCAAUCCUGUAUUUAUUAAAUGUUUGCAUAGAUUUACACUAAAAGUUGUAAAUAGUUUGAAGACAAUGCUCUUAGUUUAUCAGUGUAAAGCAGAUGCGUGACAUUUGUAUUUGCUUUCUCACAGGGAUGUACAGCACCAUGUUAUUCCCAUACACAGUUAAUUUGUAGACAAAAGCAGUAAAUGUUGGAAACACUUCCCCCGCCCAUUCAUUUUUUUUUAACCACGGCUGUUUAUUGA